UCUGUAAAUUGAGUGCAGUUGCUUUUAAGGAUGAAGCAGGCUACAACAUGGCUUAUCGUAACCAGCCUCUGUAUGGAGAAAAAUUGGAAGAACACAUCGAGCACCUGAAAGCUUUUGACCAGGAAGUAAAUGCAUUUGUGGACUAUAUGUUUGGACCUCGAGAUUCCAGAGUUAGAGGAUGGCUCCUUUUGGAUUCUUACCUUCCCACCUUUUUCCUCACUGUUGCGUACCUGCUGAGCAUAUGGCUGGGCAACAAGUUCAUGAAGAAUAGGCAGCCUUUCUCUCUUAGGGCUCACCUCAUUGUAUAUAACCUUGGGAUUACGCUGCUCUCCUUGUACAUGCUCAUAGAGCUCAUCCUUGCCACGUGGGAAGGAGGCUACAACUUGCAGUGCCAGAACCUCCACAGCGCUGGGGAGGCUGACAUCCGGGUAGCCAAGGUACUAUGGUGGUAUUAUUUUUCUAAAGUAAUUGAAUUUGCAGACACUAUCUUCUUUGUACUGAGGAAGAAAAGCAGCCAGAUCACCUUCCUCCACGUGUAUCACCAUGCCACGAUGUUUAACAUUUGGUGGUGUGUUCUGAACUGGAUACCCUGUGGGCAAAGUUUCUUUGGACCCACUUUGAAUAGCUUUAUCCAUGUGCUCAUGUACUCCUAUUAUGGACUGUCAGUCAUCCCUUCUAUGCGAAAGUAUCUGUGGUGGAAGAAAUACCUCACUCAGGCACAGCUGAUCCAGUUUCUCCUCACCAUUGUGCACACGCUCAGCGCAGCUGUGAAGCCAUGUGGGUUUCCCUUUGGCUGCCUCAUGUUCCAGUCUUCCUACAUGGCUACACUGGUUAUCCUCUUCAUUAACUUUUACAUUAAGACAUACCAGAAAGCACCUUCAAGAACAGCUGCAAAGGAAACCCCUGUCACAACAGAAGUCAAGAAUGGAUUCCAUAAGAACUACUUUGCUGCUUCAAAUGGAUUCCUGAACAAUAAGAAAGCACAAUAAGUACAGUACUUCCUGGGAUCUUUUUUCUAAGAAAAAAAAGAAAAGAAAAAAAUGAAACAAGAGACUGAAUUACAGGCUUUAGCUUAAAACCUAUUUGAUUAUACCUAUCGGUUAUUUGUACCAGACACUCAUUAAUGUAUUGCUAUUUAAGUUUUAACACAAUGAGUAAGUUUAUUUGCCCUAUCAAAGAACACCAUCAGAACAAUAAGGCCAACAUCUUUCUCACAUGAAAAAGAAAAUUUGUGAUUUGUACUGCUGGCAUAAAAACACCUUAUAAACCACUGGAUGGAAACAUUCAGAGUCUUCAGAAGGUUAGGGCUCUGCUAGACUGACACCUUGAGCACUUCCUCCUAUGAAGAUAGGCUGAGGAAGCGGGACUUGUUUAGCUCAGAGAAGAGGAGGUGCCGAGGAGAUCUUACUGGGGCCUGCCAAUACUUGAAGGGAGCUUAUAAGGAGGAGAAAGACCGACUCCUUACAGUCUGAUACUGAUAGGAUAAGGAGGAAUGGUUUUAAACUAUAAGAGGGGAAAUACAGAUUAGUUAUUAGGAAGGAAGUCUUUACUAAGAAGUGCUGGCACAGCUGCCCAGAGAGGUUGUGGAUGCCCCAUCGCUUCAAGGUGCUCAAGCCCAGGUUGGAUGGGGCCCUGUGGCAGUGCUGCCUGUGGCAGAGGGAUGGAACUAGAUGAUGCAUAACAUCUCAUCCAGCCUAAGCCAUUCUAUGAUAAAUGGAUUUUGGAAUAAACUGGAGCUCAGCAACUUAGAGAAGAUAGGUUCCUUCAGUGUAAACGUGCACAAAGUUGACCAUAUACAAGUACUUAAUCUGAAGCAAAAAAAGUGUGCAAAAUAUUCACAAAAGAUGCAGAAAGUGUUCAAAGUAAACCUCAAGAGGAGCCAAGUACCUCAUAAAGGAAUUCCUACACUUUCUAUGGUAGGGGAAGCAAAUAAAUUUCCAGUCUGCAGUUGUGAUGCUGUGUCUCACCAAAAAAAAAAAAAAAGCAGAGUUUUGCUGCUUCAAUUGGCUGUGUUUACUUCCCAUUUAAAUGAUUACAAAUUAAAAACAGCUUAGGUUAGCUUUGGGAACCUUUGCUGUGCUCUUUUCUAACCAAGUCACCUCCAAAGUCUCUAACAAAGUAGUCACAGCCUCUUGUCCUUCCCCUCUUCCACAGUGAAAUAUUUGCAGGCUCCUCGAGCCUGGUGUAUUUAAAUUCUCUCCAUAAAAACCCCUUUGUGAUCAUGACAGCCCUCCCAUCACCCUAUAGAGUCCCGGUGGAAAGGAAAGGAACUGCGCAUACAAAGCCAUAGGAUAUAACAGAACACAGAAUAUCCUGAGUUGGACAGGAUCCUAAGUAAUCCAAAGCCUUAUGAGGAACAGCUGAGGGAACUGAGAUUGUUUAGUCUGGAUGAGACUCCGGGAAGACCUUACCACUCUCUACAGUGACCUGAAGGGAAGCUAUAGUGAGGUGAGGGGGGGUUGUCAGCAUGUUUUCCCAAGUAAGUAGUGAUAAGAUAAGAGGUAAUAGCCUCAAGUUGUACCAGGGGAGGUUCAGGUUGGAUAUUAGGAAGAGUUUCUUCUUCUUAACGAGUGGUUGACUGGCACAGGCUACCCAGGGAAUUGGUGGAGCCACAGUCCCUGGAGGUAUUCAAGAAAUGUGUAGAUGUGUCACUAAGAGACAUGGUUAAAGGGCAUGGUAGGGAAGGGUUAGCAGUUGGACUAGAUGCUCUUAGGUCUUUUCUAACUUUAAUGAUUCUUUGAAGAUCAUCAAGUCCAACUCCUGACUCUACAAAGAGCCACCCAAAAAUCAGAUCAUGUGUUUUCCCCUUGAGCUGAUCUUCACCAUGGGGGUCUUGGAGACAGUAGGUGAGGUAGAAAGUCUUGUCCCAGGACAAGAGGCUGGCCAGCCAGCCUAGCUGGGAACAGCAUGCAUGGCUGCAGCCACAACAAGUGCUUGUGGAGAGCAAGGAAAAAAGCAUGAAGAAGUCAUACAGGCUGGGGGAGGAACAGGUGUUUGACCAGUAGAACCUUCCAACUUCUGCAGAUGUCAGCUUAAGACAAGCACCACCACUAGAAAGUGUAAAGGCAGAGAGUAUCAUAAGAACCAGCAAGGUAGAACACCAGGCAAACAGCUGAAACAUUUGUUUAUGAAAGGCAACAAAUGGUUGCAUGUCCAAGCAUGGAUAUUAGGCUGAAUGGAGUCCUUUUACAUUUUGAAAGCAAAGAAUUUAAUUACCAGUAUGGGCAACAUAAGUGUGCUAAGAGUUAAAGUACAUUAUGGCAACAAACCUCACAGCGAAUGAUUGUCUUUUGUUUUGCUUAAACCUCAUUA